UGUCGAUACUCUGCUUGUAUAAGAUUUGGACCUUUAAAUAUUUAAUUUAUAAAAUAUUAUGAGAUUCCUUAUGAACAAACGUAUUUUAUCAAUUCAAAGUCAUGUAGUGUCUGGAUAUGUUGGGAAUAAAAGUGCUACUUUUCCUUUACAGCUAUUAGGCUUUGAGGUAGAUCCUAUUAAUUCAGUUCAAUUUUCUAAUCACACUGGCUAUAGAAAUGGAUGGAAUGGUGAUAUGCUUAAUUCUAAGUCAUUAAAUAAUUUAUUUGAUGGUCUAAUAUCAAAUAAUUUAAUCGAAUAUAGUCAUCUAUUAACUGGAUAUAUUGGGGAUGCCGAUUUUUUGAAGUCCAUAAUAAAUAUUCAUAAAUACUUAAAAGAAAAAAAUCCUAAUUUAAUCUAUUUAUGUGAUCCAGUUUUGGGUGAUAACAAUAAGUUAUAUGUGCCAGAGGGAUUAAUUCCAAUUUACAAAAAUGAAAUAUUACCAUUAGCCAAUAUUUUAACCCCAAACCAAUAUGAAGCAGAAGUACUCUCUGAAAUGAAAAUAAAUAAUGAAAAUGAUGUGAUAAUUAUUCUAAAAAUGUUACAUCAAAAAGGCAUCAAAACUAUUGUUUUAUCAAGCUGUCAAUUUGAUAAUUCUGAAAAUUUAUACUGUUAUGCUAGUUUAUAUGAAAAAAAUCAAUAUACCACUGUUAAAGUUGAAUUUCCUAAGAUAAAUGCAAAAUUUGUUGGAACUGGGGAUCUAUUUUGUGCCUUAUUUUUAGCAUGGUAUGAUACAUAUAAGAAUGACUUAAAGCAAGUGUGUGAUAAAGUUUUAUCUACGAUGCAACUAAUUUUAAAAAGAACAAUUGACUAUGCAGGUAAAUAUAGCGACUCAGAUCAAGACAGUGCAAAGUAUUUAGAACUUAAACUUAUUGAAAGCAAAAGGGACAUUGAGAAUCCAUUAAAUAUUAUCAAUUCAUAUUAUAUAAGCUAAAAAAUGACUCAUGUAUUUAUUCUAAAAUAUUUUGUAAUAAAUGGUAUUAUAGACUUAUUUUUA